AACGGAAAAGGUUGAAAGGAUUCGUCGUCCAUUUAAGUGCCGUGGCCCAGAACCGUCUUGGACGCCAAGGAAACAGUCACGUCUCCCAGAUCUAACUGCCCCCCGACUCACGAAUCCCAAAGCCUCCAUGGCGACGCACCGCCACUGCCUCCCACUCCUCCUCCUCGUGGCCGCCGCCCUCGCCGCCGUCCCUGCUCGCGCGGCGCUGGGCGGCGGGCGCGGCCCGCUGCUGGGCGGGUGGAACCCGAUCCCUGACGUGAGCGACUCGCACAUCCAGGAGCUAGGCGGGUGGGCGCUGGGGCAGGCGAAGCACCAGAAGCUGGCCGCCGACGGGCUGCGGUUCCGCCGCGUGGUGCGCGGCGAGCAGCAGGUCGUGUCCGGGAUGAACUACCGCCUCUACGUCGACGCCGCCGACCCCGCCGGCCGCACCGUGCCCUACGUCGCCGUCGUGUACGAGCAGGUCUGGACCCGCACCCGCCAGCUCGCCUCCUUCAACCCGGUGCCCCGCGCCCACUGAAACCAUACGCACACGGGUGGGCCGAAGCGACGUUCUCCGUCAAUUACGUGUCGAGCUAAUCUUAUUAUUGUUUCUAUUAUUAUAAUAAUGCUUCUCCCUGUUCCUAUGGACCUAUAGUAGUAUACUAGUAUGUUGCGAGGGAGCGAGUAGACCGUGUGUUUCGCUAUCGUGGGACUAGAAUAAGCCAUGUCAAUGAACAUGAGCCGAAUAGAGGCUACGUACUGUUAUUGUAUCAGUACUAGUACCAUAUAUAUAUAUGGGCGCACUACAGUCUGUGAUGUAAUGGAUUGUGCUAGUAUUUGACUCUUGCUUUUGUACAGAAUUAUUAUUAUUUUAUAUGGUGUUCUAGGAUUUACUG